AUGUGUGGAGCAUGUUGGGAUGACGGAUGUGCUGCUAGACACCCUCCACAAGCUCCGACAUGCAUUACUAAAGGAAUGGAAGCUACUGCCACACCCAAGAAAGAUGACAAGCGAGAUCAACUGAGAAAGCAACUAGAAGAGAAGCUCUUACAAGAAGAGCUUGCUCGAAAAGAACAGGAAGAAGAAAAACUACGUCUUGAAGAAGAAAAACGGCAAAAAGAAGAGGAGGAACGCAUUCGAUUACAGGAAGCUGAAGCUAGAGCCACUCAAAGCAAAGAACUUGAAGAAUAUGUGCAUGAGGUCUCUGCUGCUUAUUUAAAUACUCUCACAAAAGAGUGGAAGUUAAAAAGAUGGAAUGAUUAUUUACAUCGUACUAGAGAACUUGACGCACUUCGUCUACCGAUCAUUAACGCAUUUUUAUCAGAAUGGAGUGAUGAUAAAAUGUAUGAUACUAAGGACGUGUUUUCAAAGGUGCAUCAGUGCCUCAAGGUAAGAACAAGAAACUGGCUUUGAAGCUUUGCAGGAAAAUUGCUUGAGAAAUUGAAGAAUGUUGUAUGCAUGUUCUUUUUGCUCGUCGUUUAGAGUGUAGCAAAAUUUUCCAAGGUUUUAUCAUACUUUCAA